AAUUGUUCUUAGCAGUAGUAAAUAUAAAAAAAUCAAUCAAAAAAUCAAUGGAAUUCUCUGUAAGAGCUGCGGAACUAGCAAGUCUAUUAGAAAGUAGAAUUAGCAACUUUGUCACUAGUUUUCAAUUGGAUGAGAUCGGUCGAGUGGUGUCCGUUGGAGAUGGUAUUGCACGUGUUUAUGGAUUAAACGAGAUUCAAGCUGGGGAAAUGGUGGAAUUUGCGCCUAUUUGUAUCUAUUUAGUGAUCAGUCUGCUAGUUUCUUUGAUCCCACUCGGUCUUACUGUUCUGAGAAUAUCAAAAAAAUCUCGUCGUAUUGGUAAGCACCUGUUGUAUUCAUUUCUACUCUUGUUGACCUUUCUUUCAAUGUGCUGUUUGCUUUGUCUGUAUCUAGAACAAAUGGACUUCUUCUAUCUUAACAUUUCAAAGGCGCUCAUCUCUCUGGGGUGUCGAGCCCUCCCCUUUGCUUUAUGGAAAUUGGGCCUGCCGGGGGGACUUGCCUGGUCCAUAGGUUUUGGGGCAAGGGUCCUCAUUACCAAAGAAGCGUCGGAUAUAAUGGGGCAUCAGAUGAUGCCCGCGGGGUCAGAUUCGAGUAACAAUAGCUCGGGAUGGACUUCCUUACUGGGAAGCACAGCCUCGGGCGUCCCUUCGCCCUCGGGCGUGUGGACACAUUUUGAGCAGGAUGCCUGGCAGGAAGCGAAUUCCCGCGCAUCCAGUUCCGGGUAUAGUAGCUCGGUAAAUCAACCGCAAAGAGGUGAACAAGCUAUGCCUCCCGCUGCUAUUCCCGUAGCAGCCGGGGAAGCGGAAGCCGGUCCAUCUCAUACCUUUCCAUAUCACGAGGAGGAAGUGAUCGGGGGGGAUUCGGUUCUGUCGAUCCAGAAUCGCCUUUUGGAGCACAACCCCAAUCCCUCCGCGGAGGCCCUUUAUUUGGCCCGCCUUGACGCCCAAGACCGCUUUGAAUUCAAAGUGGACAUCAUCAGACGGAUGUCCACUCUUGAUCCAACUGGUGAUUGGCUAAACCGUGGGGCGCGCGCACUCGACAAUCCACGUACAUCCUCAGGGGAGCCGUCCGUGGAAGAACUGUCUCGCAUGAGGGACGACCUAAAUAGGAAUGAGCGGCACUCCGCUACAUUUCAAAGAUUGAAAGAGAAGGUCUUUUUGCGUGCGGCAAGAUAAUUUGGAUGAAGAUGCCGAAUCAGAAGCGUAACGCUAUGCUUUUGUCCCCUUCGGCAUCUUCCUAAUUUUCUUGCUUGCGGGAGGAAAAACCCCAGAGAUUGCUUCGACUCAGAAAUACAGAAUUACCGCCUAGAAUGCAGCCUGCCUGUUGAAGACCGUAACGUUUGUAACUCAGUGCUCCAUACGUGGAAAAUGAAAACAGAAUUUGUUCGGAUCCUCCCACAUGUUGAAUCUUUUUUUAGCGGUUUCCCCAGAGAUCUUUAUCAUUAAUGCAACCUCUAUUUUGCUCAUUCAUGGAGUUGUAUUUAGUACCUCUAAGAAAUAUGAUUAUCCACCGUUAGUCAGUAAUGUGGGUUGGCUUGGAUUACUUAGUGUUGCGCGCCUAGGGGGGCAGCGCGCUUUGGGAUGCGGAGGAGCGAAGCAGCUCGAACGAAUGUGAGAGGAGCAAAAAAAGCCCAGCUCCCUAACCUAAUGCGGCACCGGGUUCGGACCGCAGGGAACCAUAGCAUGGGAGGACGUCUAAUCCUUUUGCCGCCGCAAGGCUGUCUAAUCGUACGCAGCAGGCUCAAAUACCCCAGGUUCUGGAAGGCACAUGAGUCCGAACGCUAUGUUGAAUGUGCGACCGACACUACACUACGUAGGUACCUGUGCAGGUGAGGCGUCGGUCGGUCCUAGAGACGGCGGCAGCUAGCGAGGAGUUAACGACCGGACGUGCUGCAACCUAGGGAUCACCAGGCAGCUCUUUCGCUCUAUAGGGAUCGGGGGGGCAUAGCACAAUUCUUCUUGGAGGAGGGUUGGUUUGUCCGGGUGACUGAUCCUGCCAUAAUGUACUCCUACCUAUAUAUAGCACCGACAACCGAAGUCGAGCAUACAUACGACGAUCUUCAUGCGUGAAUAGCCGGGAGGAAAGAAAGGGCGGUAGAUGAUAAUGAAAAAGGGCGCCGCGUCUGGACGGGCGGGCGAAACGGCGCUUUACUAAGGCCUAAAGUCUUAUGGUCUGAUAAUCUGCAAGAGAGAGUCACU